AUUCAGCCAAGCCAGGGUCACUGUCCCCAGGCUGAAGGGGCUUGAGUUUACACUCCAGCCGAAGACUGGACAACACUCCUCUUGGGAGCUGGUCCUCAAACAGACCUCCUCUCUCUGGAUCAGGUAGAGGCUUAAAACUGACAAGAGGCUCAGCCCUCAGCUUUUUUUCCUUCCCCUUAUUGUGACUCACCUUUUUGAUCUGGGAGUUGAACACCAUGGGGACUCCAAAUGAUCAGGCCGUCUUGCAGGCCAUCUUCAACCCCGACUCCCCGUUUGGAGAUAUUGUUGGGUUGGACCUGGGAGAUGAAGCAGAGAAGGAAGUAGACGAAGUGACCUACACCCUGCCUGGUCAGCCCUGGCUCAUGUCCCAGGUUCCCAAAGCCCAAGGGGACUGUUGCUUCCUGCUGCCAACCACACAGCUGUCUCCUGGCUCCAUCCCCGGCACAGAUGAAGUUUUCCCACGAGCACAGCUGGAGCAGUCCAAGGCCCUGGAGCUGCAGGCGGUGAUCGCAGCAGAGGCUGGCGACCUCAGCACAGCCCUGGAGAGGUUUGGCCAAGCCAUCACCCUAUUGCCUGAGAGGGCCUCAGCCUACAAUAACCGAGCCCAGGCCCGGCGUCUCCAGGGGGAUGUGGCAGGCGCCCUGGAGGACCUGGAGCGCGCGCUGGCGCUGAGCGGCGGCCGAGGUCGCACCGCCCGCCAGGGCUUUGUGCAGCGCGGGCUCGUGGCGCGGCUGCAGGGCCGGGACGACGACGCCCGCAGUGACUUCGAGCGGGCGGCACGGCUGGGCAGCCAGUUUGCGCGCCGCCAGCUGGUGCAGCUCAACCCGUACGCGGCGCUGUGCAACCGCAUGCUGGCCGACGUGAUGGGGCAGCUGCGCCGGCCCCGCGACGAGCGCUGAGCGCUGGCAGGCGGGAGAGCGAGGAGUGUGGGGGGAUGCGCCAGCAACCAAUAAAGCUGUGGUUUCGCCCA